AUGCUUCAUUCGCCUCACAAACAACCACAGAACCACAAGUGCGGUGCAAACUUUCUCCAGGAGGACAGCAAGAAGGCUCUGGUUUUUAAAUGGUUAAUCUCCGCAGGUCACUACCAGCCACCGAGACCAACCGAGUCAUUUAAGGCUGCAAGCAGUAUUUACAACAGAGGGCACAAGUUCUAUCUGGAAAAAAAAGGAGGGACUAUGGCAUCAAACAGCCUCUUCAGCACAGUGACACCAUGUCAGCAAAACUUCUUUUGGGGUGAGGAAACUACAGCCCAGAGGGGUUUCUUGAACUACCAAGGAUACACCACUAUUUAGUGACACAACCUGGGACUAAAACUGAGGUCCCCCUGACUCCUGGUCCAGAAU